AUGAAAGAGAUGCACAAUUCUGCACCCAGCGCUUCACAUCGGGACCAAGAUGACCUCAAACGUCCUACCACCUCUGAUGAUUUAGUACGUUUACUAAACGAGCAGCUUGACGACAAUAUUGACCGACGUAUACCAUUCGGACGUUUCGGGUCAUAUGGCGCACCGUUCAAAUUGACCUGCAUUGUACAUGGCUACAUCGUAAUCGGGAAAGGAACCACGUCCUGUGGAAACAAGUCUCUAGUGAAGCGCAGGUGCAUCGAAUCCUACGGAAGGCCCAAGGCUCAACGGUACCUGUCUUCCUUACAAUCGAUUUGGCCAAAAUCUAUUUUCUGUGGCGGGAGAGAUUCGUCACAUGCUAGUCAUUGGGGAGGAGAGAAUACAGAGAUGAAGCCAUGGCUGAGAAAUCCGUCGACGAAGGAAAUCAAGGCGUUGGGCGUUCAUGAUCUUCGAUAUGACAAUGUCCUUUGGAAUAAGGAACUUGGACGAGCGUUGAUUAUCGACUUUCACCGCGAUACUCUGAAUCAUCGGUCACUUAAAACGGGAGAAGAGGAAGUUGUCCAGACCAGAGUCGGGAGAUACCCAUUUGAUUUAGUUCAUACAUGA